CCCUGCUUCAUCUGGGCUUCAAAUCUCGCUCCAGGUUGUUUCUCUCAGGCUUGAACUAGAGCAUGGACCACUCGUGAUCAUCGCCAGGCCAUAUCGCGAUGUCCUUUUCUCUCUCUCGGCUUCUGAUUCCUAUUUCUUAACCAUUCGAUCGUCAAAAAUAUGGUGGAGAUUCUCGGUCCUGUCUCUGCUCGUCCGCCAACUCCACCAAGGACAUCGUCUUUUAUGCUGUCUGAGAAAGAUCGAAGGGAAGACUCCCCGGCCAUUGUGCAUACGCCUCGUGACUCUCCUUUCUCUGUCAAUGGUUCGACCGGGGCCCCCUCGACCCGUCAAUCCAAGCGCGUGAACUUCUCGCCAUGGACUAAAUAUAUCAAACCUCCGACUUUCACGAAUACCACCGCCAAAUCGCGACCUGAGCUGAAAGUUCUUCCCCCUUCGAACGAACUCAAACCCGCAAAGUCGAUCCUCAAGACGACGAGCUCGCACGCUCUAGCCGACUCUCCUUCCUCCGCCCCUCCCAUUCCCGACACGUUCGCCAUGCUUCUUGAAUCCAUUCUUCAGCAAUUAGCUGGCGACACAGUCAGCUCCAGACUCGAUGCAUACAUGCAAUUCUUCGGGGCGCUAAGGGCAUAUGAAGGGCUUCCUGGAGAGCAGGAAGUUAUCGCGAAGUUGGGCACAAUUACACAUUUUAUACAAAGAGACAUCAGCAGAGACCUGACGACUGGAGGACCUUUGGACACCAAUCUUGUCAUCCAGGCGCUAAAACUGGCUGUUGCUCUUGUUUGGCACAAUGAGAUAUCUGCGCGACUGUCGGACGAGUUCAAGGCAUUCCUUAUCGAUCACUCGAUCGAUUGCCUGCAAGAUGCCAAAGUGCCUAAGUCCGUGAUCACACAUUACUUAUCUGUCUUGGCUACACAAAACUUUCAUACAAAAAUCAUGACCAAUGCCAGGGUGAUACGCCUUCUCACUGUCUUGAACAGUCUGACUAGCCGUGUCAACGGAAAUGCAAUUGUGUCUCAGCGGUUGAGCAUCUACUCUCGUGUUCUCAGUCAAUCGAAAUCGACAUUCGUCUCUCACGCAGCGUUGUGGAUGGAGCAUUUAAUCUCGGGACUACUUCAUCAUAUGAAGGAUACUCGCCUCAAAGCUAUUUCUGUCGGCUUCCAGACCUCUAUCACGUGUGGGCCCAAUCCAACGCUAUCAAAGGCCGUUCGGGAUGUGUUUGGAAGGUUCAUAGACAAGGGCAGGAAGAUGGUGACUGAAGUAUGCGAGAGAAUGUCCCGGAUGAUGAACAAUCCCGAAUCAGGUAUACAUGUACCGCAGGUCUGGGGCGUGAUCGUACUGCUUCUGAGAAGUAAAAAGUUCAACGUUGACCAGUGGGAACAUUUCAAAGAAUGGGUGCUGGUUUUGCAGAGGUGCUUCAAUUGCAGUGACUCUUCAAUCAAAGCUCAGGCUAUCGUGGGUUGGAAUCGAUUUGUUCUGGUCGUUGGCCCGAGCGAUACAACAAGCCCUUCUAUACUCAAGAUGCUGAGCAAACCAAUCAUGUCCCAAUUCGACCGCAAGAAGCACGACAAGCAACCUAGCCAGCUGGCAUUGUGCAGUUAUUACAAUCUGUUGUACUAUGCCUUCCGCCCGUCUGCAACUUUUGAGCACCUGGAUGUUGUUUGGAAAGAGUACAUUGCCUCGCCCUUAUCAACGGUAUUCACAACAGUGCCCGGCAUGCAUGAUCGACUCGCUCACGUGCUGUCCAGCAUGUUCUGGAGCUCGCACCCAAGGCCCUGGGUAGAAAACAAAGUCAAUGAGAGCAACAAGCUGGAUCCGGAGGAGUUACCUUCUAUUGAUAGCAGGUGGCUAAGAUCCAGAAUUUCAUCAGUGCUUGAUGUUCUUGAGAGUAUCUUCAAAGCAACAAUCUGGACAGAUAACCUUGAACAGUCGCAUGUUGGCGCUGCAUGGCUGAAUUUAUCUAGUGCCUUGGCGUUCACCUUAAACAAAGAGAUUACCCCAACUCCUGAGUCGAUGCAGACCGUGGCUCACGUACUGGUUUUUCUUAGGCGGGUCUGGACUACCGGGCCAGACGCGCUCAGCGCAAAACAAGAGGAUGGCUCCAUGGACACUUUCUUCGAGCGAUUUGGGUUCUUGUCCACUACGAUGAUCCACGCCCUAGGAAGUGCUCGGUUUACAGAGAAGCUUGUUCUGCGGACCUCCGACUACUCGUUCCAAGCUGCUACCACGCCAACCCAUCGCCAUUCGAGAGCAACCGCCAAUCUAAGCACCCCGACCUUGCAUUACCUCCGAAUGAUCAGUGAAAUGUCUGUGAUAACGGUGCCAAGCACGGCGUAUUCUCACUUGGUCAAGAGUGUACUUGAGGCCACUUGCAGUGAUAAAAUUUCUCGAAGCUCGCGCUUAGAAUUACUACAACAAUGUGCCAGUCUCUACGAUGAGUACAGUGACUCCGACUUCCCCUUGGGUCCCUUCUUGGCACAGACCGUCUGGGAGUGUACAGCACAGUCAGCUGCUGAUUCUUUGCGCUCACUUCCAAUGGAGACUGCGCGAGAACGCGAUGGAUCCGUUACCCGAGACUAUGAAAAUGCUGUGAAAGUUCUUUCAACGGGAUUGAAUUACUAUCGCAACUUUCAGGUAUGGAAUGAACUGCUUGACUCCCUGAUACGUGUGGUGAGAACCGAGAGAAGUGAUCAAGCAAUCACACUCAUGGUCAUUGAGCCUCUUGCCGAGUCUAUCAUGAAGGGUGGUGCCCGGAGGUCUUACUUGCCGUUGGCAUCUAUCCUCAAGCAAUUGCUUUCCAUCACCUAUUACCAACAAUUUGAGAGAGACAACAAUGAGAGCCACUUGCCGUUCCACAAACUGGUUGACCUGGUUGGGCGUACCCUGUUGGAUUCUUAUGAACACUUCGACCCCUCAGAGACGAGCGGUAUGGCGGACUUCAUUGAAUCCUUAACAUCACUCUUGGGCUCAGGUACUUCAACUGUCCGGUCUAUCAUGCUGGAAAGUCUUCAGCUACCCCUGGCUAUUUAUCUGAAGGAUGAGGACAAGCGAAUGAGCGUGGAGAGUGGUGUGGAGAGCAGGAUUCUCACUGCAUGUCGCGCACUCUCUUCGGCUGUUCUGAAUAUCCUACAAGCAUCUUCCCCCCAUAAUGCCUCGUUCCUGCAAAAGUUCGAAGAUAUCAUUCACGCGGGUCUAGAUUCUUCACACAUAUCAGUAAGAAGGAGGUUCUAUGACUUCUGGAAUUCUACCUUCGGUUCACAGAGAUUUUUGUCCCGCCCCGAAAGGAUAACGCAUGCGCUGGAGAGCUUGGAAGCUCUCAUUAAACAUCAGCAGGCCAUCACACCUUUGGAAGAAUCGAAGCCUAGAGCUCGGAUGAGUACUUUCGACGAACAGGAAACCAAAAACGGCUCUGGGGACAUGUCCGUAAAGUCACGGAUCUCUUUCAUUCUAGACAAUCCGGUCGACUCGGGCUUGAACUCGUCGCCUGUGACUGGGGGCUCAGACCGUGCAGUCACACGAGAGCGCACAAAAGAACUUCAGCGGGAACGAGCUUUCGAAGCUGAUAGUCAGCGUGCCGAGCAACAUGUUGUUGCUUCUCAUCCAGACCCUUUCGUAUCAGGCCCAGAGGACGGUAACAAGCGCAGCGAGUUGUUCUCGAUGAUUGAAAGCCUCAGGUCUUCUUCCCCGCCGAGCAAUACACCUAGAGAUAUCCACUUCAUGACACCGCCGCACUUGCGUCACCUGCAUCACUCGGAUACAGAUGCAGGGACCCCGCAAACACCCCCUUUGCCGCCUGUGUCGGCAGAGAACGAAUAUAACUACCUUGGCUCGUCACCGACUCCUAUCUCAAGAGGGAGGGCGCAGUUGAGCGACUCACAUGUGCCACCACCCCCAACAUCUGCCCCAGAAGCCUCUUUGUUGGACAACGAGCCCCGAUCAUCACCUCCAGAACUCACUUCACUUCCCGCAGAUCAUCACUCGCUUACUCCUGGUCCCCAUCCUAGUAACGAGACACCCGUUGACCUUGAGACACCAACGACCACACCGGGUAAGAGCAAGAAGGCGAAGAAGAAGGCCAGACGCUCUGCCAAGCUCAAGAAAAAGUCAAAUUCUGAGCUCAAUCAGACUGAACACGUCACUCAGGACAAUCCAAAUGACGUCGCAGACCAGCCUAUGACUAAACGCCUCCGCUCUUCUACUGGGAAGACCUCUGAUUCUCCUCUGCAAUCCACAACCGAGAAGCAACAUACAGGAGCUGCCACAGAAUCCAGUAAGGAGACACGUCAUACGCACUCCACAAGGGCCUCCGCCUCGGCCAACGCCGUCGGUUCGAAGACUGGGCCCGAAGUGGAGAAGGACUUGCCUCAGAUUGUCGAAAUCGUCGAGUCCCAGGCGGAACGACCCAGCGGUAACCCCGGCUUGUACAACGACGAUGUUGAUAUGGAAGACCAGGUGUCAUCCCAAUUGGAGCAAGAUCUGGAGCUUGCCGUAGAUAAAGAUGAUGUUGCGGGCGGUGAAGAGUCGAUGGAAGCUUCGCAUGAGCCUCAACCAUCCAGGAAGAGAAAACGUGAGAUGGAAGAGCAGACACCUCAGAGGAAGGAAAGACGGCGCUCGUCUCGACUCACAAAGACGCCCGCUGCGGCUGAGGAAUACGAAGCCGACACCACUCGCUCGAACGAAAUCUUGCUAAACACUCACGACCUUGAGUCGUCGCCUGCCGAGUCUGCACCGAAGCGACGGAAACAUGACACCAGGGCUGAGGCCUCCAGCACGACUAGAUCGGUCGCUAACAGUCAAGCAUCGGACCCUGUCAGCUCGAAGGACAAGCCUUCAGAGAGUCAAGACAAGUCUCAGAAGAGAAGGUCUUCUCGUCUAAGUGGUCAAGCUGCGCCGCCUAUACCCGAGGAGAGCCCUGUGCUUCAAAAGAAGUCGAAGAAAUCACCUCGACCUUCUCGUCCACGCAAGCAGGACAAUGAUAUAAACACGGAAACUAUACAUGAAGAGAGUGAUUCCCAGGAGACUACGGCAGAAGACCAGCCAAAGCAGCCAGCGCGUGAGAAGGCGUCCGAUCAUCUGGACGAUGUUCAGAAUGCACUAGAUGCUACGGCGGUUCCCGAAGUAGACCCGGAAACACACGAGUCUGAGGAGUCGGUACAACCUGCGCUCGAAGCUCAGGGGGAAGUCGCUUCGACGACCCGGCCCGUGCCUGUCGAGAAUCUGCAGCCCUCGGCAGACAACGACAUCCAGAUGACCGAUGCGCACCCGUCCGCAGAAACCGCUCCCGAGUCGCAGAAGACACCAUCUUCCAUCAGGGAGAAGCACUCGGAGAAGAAAAAGAAGAAAACCCGCGCCUCAUCCCGCGCUGCCCCUACUCAAGCAGAAACCGAGGCCCCAGCCGAACCUGUCCUGGUCAAGUCCGAGGCGGAAAUCGCAAACUCCCUCCGCAGGGUCCUUGACGACGUCAAAUUGGCCAAGCUGGACAGGCAAUCUCUCAAAGAGAUUGACGACCUGUUGUUCGAUAUUCGAGUGGAGACACAUGAGGCAAUGCGGAGGAAUACGGGUUAGGAAGGUUGAACUUUUCUUGUAUUUUUUUUGCAUAGCGAAGGCGUUUUCUUUUUUUUUUUUUUUUU